CAUUCUCAUUCUAUCUCUCACUCACACACACACACAAACCUGGGACACCCGAUUAAAUUUUCCUGUCGCUCCUAAUUUUUGUCCAGACAAUUAUUGAUUGAUUUUGACUGCCCGAGGGCAGAGUAGACUCUUUCAAAACCCAUCAACAGAGGGCUGUGCUUGGUUUUAGAAAGGGGAAAGAGAGCUUGGCUCCCAUCCGAGCUGAUUUGGAUUAAAUUAUUUGAACAUGUGUGUUGACUGACGCAAACGCCGAGAGUUAUUUGUUGCUGAAAUUGUCCUCCACUUGCUCUCACAUCUGGAAUGUAGCUUGCUGCGGACAAUAUAGGAAUUGCAGAGAUUCCCGUGCUUUUCCAGAGAUGACAAACCAAUCUGACAUUCAUAUCUCAGAGCGUCACCCAAGCCUGGAUGAAUUGCCCAAACCUCCCUUUUCAAAGCAUUGCAGUUGGUUGGAAAGAAAUCUACUUCUCUUGCUGACCAUUCUCGGAGUUAUUCUGGGCUCUGUGUUCGGUUGUCUUCUACGCAUGGUUCCUGACCUGGGACCCAACUUCCUCCUCCUCGUCUCCUUCCCUGGUGACAUCCUCAUGCGAAUGCUCAAGAUGUUGAUUCUCCCACUCGUCAUCUCCAGUCUGAUCUCAGGGCUCGCGAGCCUUGAUGCCAAAUCGAGUGGGAGGAUGGGCUCCCGGGCCUUGGUGUACUACAUGUCCACGACGGUCAUUGCUACUGCUCUCGGUGUGGUUCUGGUGAUUGCCAUCCACCCUGGCAACCAAAAGCUCAAGAAGUCAAUGUCCGUGAUAUCCAGGAACCCCGAAGUGUCAAGUUUAGAUGCGUUCCUGGAUCUCAUCCGGAAUCUGUUCCCGGAAAACCUUGUUCAAGCAUGUUUCCAACAGGUGCAGACGGUAUCAAAGAAGGUUCUAGUCUCUCUCCCUGAUGACAUCAAGUCGGACAACUCAACCCAAGCGGUCACAUCGAAUGCUUCCUUCCCAAAUGGGACCCUUCCUGCUGCCAAUGCCCGGCAGAUCUUCAUAACGAAGAAACAAUUGGAGCUCAAAUGGGGAAUGAAUGUUCUAGGACUGAUUGGAUUCUUCAUUGCGUUUGGGAUAUCCAUGGGGAAGAUGGGCGAAAGGGCACAUAUCAUGGCUGAGUUCUUCAACGUCCUCAAUGAAAUCAUCAUGAAGCUGGUUUCAAUGAUCAUGUGGUACUCUCCGUUGGGAAUUGCCUCCCUGAUCUGUGGGAAAAUCGCAGCCAUCAAGGACCUGGAGGUGGUCGCCCAGCAGCUCGGCAUGUACAUGGUGACAGUGAUGGUGGGCCUUGUUAUUCAUGGCGCCCUCAUUCUCCCCGCCAUCUAUCUCCUCAUCACCAAGAAGAACCCACUCACCUUCUACGGUGGGAUAUUUCAGGCUUGGAUCACAGCUCUCGGCACUGCCUCAAGUGCAGGAACUCUACCGGUGACCUUUCGCUGUCUCGAAGAAAACCUGCAUAUCGACAAACGGGUGACUCGGUUUGUGUUGCCGAUUGGUGCUACCAUAAACAUGGAUGGGACGGCAUUAUAUGAAGCGGUGGCGGCCAUCUUUAUCGCCCAGAUGAAUGGGAUCACGCUGGACCCUGGGCAGAUAAUUACAGUCAGCCUGACUGCCACUCUGGCAAGCGUUGGAGCAGCCAGUAUUCCCAGCGCUGGUCUCGUCACAAUGCUGCUGAUCCUGACCGCCGUGGGUCUUCCAACUGAGGACGUCAGCUUGCUCAUUGCUGUUGAUUGGCUCCUCGAUCGUAUGAGGACAUCGGUGAACGUGGUUGGUGACUCAUUCGGAGCUGGGAUAGUCCACGAUCUCUCCAAACUAGAACUGGCAGCCAUUGAUGCCCAGCACGCAGAUCAAAACAACUUGGAAAUGGUCAAGCUCCGGCCAUCGCUUGACAACGAGAAGAUCUACAAGAUGGAGGUUACACCUCUGCUUCCCUACGCAGGAUAUAACUCAAUACCAACUAUCGAUUACGAAACCACAGACAUCAAGAACGAUGGCUCCGACCAGGAUGACAAUGAACCAGCAGAACUGAAGGAACCCGAAGAAUUGAGUUACAAAGAGACAAAAAAAACUACCUAAUUGUGAUAAGGAGAAACGGAUUUCGAGAGAAGGAUAAAAACAUGGAAGAGGAAUAAUCUGAUUCCGUGCAUUUUUUUUAAAAAAAGUAUUUUCCCUUCUUAGAGAGCAAAAAAAAAUUAGUUUUAAUAGAAGCCAAACAGUAUUUUCCAGUCAACUCUGUUUUAGAUGGCUAACUCAUAUUGCAAGGUUUGUCAGAUGGAUUCCCACCUUUAAACAUUAUAUAAGAAAGAACUUCAGCACAGCUUUGGUUUGCUAACUCUCUAGGGUUACCCUGUAGUCUCCAGGAUUUAAACGGUGAGUCUCCUGUACCCUGCUCUGAGCCACUCAGGAGGAAAGUCGAAGGGGCACACAAAUUUUAUUUUAAAGUUGUCUCCAGCUAGUUCUGUUUGUGGGUUGUUAAAAUGAUGGACGUGGGGAUAGGGAUGGUCACUCCAUCAGAUAAUACAGUCUAUUGCCUUUAUGGGGGCAGCCAGGAAGGGAUGAAGGGACACUAUUGAACCGGGAAGUGUUGGGGACGAAUGGUGGGAGUGUAAGCCGUCAGUGAUAGUAUAUGUUCAGAUAGAGUUGGUGACCCUAACGUACAGUUGUUUAAUUCCUGUGGGUAGGGUUGACAACUUGAUGGGACAGUGGGGUCUAAAAGGAAUAGAAGACGAUGAACGAAGGCAAGGAAAGACCAAAAGACAGAAGAUAUCUGAGCGAGAAGAGGCUACGGUGAAGCUGUGUGUUUUGCUAAAAGUAUGUUAAUUGAUGUGGGGUGAAGGCAUGUAUGUACGUAAUUCCAACAAUAAUCAUUGGAUUCCUACAGUGCAGAUAAAGGCCAAUUGGCCCAUUAAGUCCACACCAACCCGCUGGGGAGCAUCCCAUCUCGACCCUGCUCCCCAACCCCAUCCCCAUAGCUAACCCAUCUAGCCUGGGCAACUUAGCAUGGCUAACCUACCUAACCUGCACAUCUUUUGACCGUGGGAGGAAACUAGAGCAGACUUACAAAAAUGUGGGGAGAGCGUAUAAAAUCCAUACUGACAGUUUCCCAAGGGAUGGAUCGAGCCCAGGCCCCUGAUACUGGGAAGUAGCAGUGCUAACCACUGAGCCACCAUGCUGUCUUUCAUGAAAGAGCAAGCCGAGGUAUUGAUAAACCAGCAAAUCAGUUCUCAUCAACACCGCGUCUAGUUGCCUCUAAUAAUUCUUUAGGAGUCUCAUUCCCCUUUCAGUCAGAAUACUCCAUAACAUCAGCACCAUCGGUGCACAGAGAUUGCUUCUAUUUCUUUCCUUCCCCUUUAGCUUUUUGCCAAAUAUUUUAAGUCUCUGACAUCGAGUUACUGACUCACUUGCCAGAGUAAAUAACUCAAUCAGAUCCCUUCACAACGGUGAGCACCUCCUGAGAUGCCAUAUACCUAUAGAUUAUGGGUGGUCUCUAGACAACUCACUCAAGAAUCAUCCAGGUGCCUAUAUUAUUGUUACUCUCACGCACCUCAAGAACAUUUAAGAUUUUAGAGUAGAUUUGUAGCUCGAGUUGUGGUCGGUUGGCUCGGCUAGAUGGUUUGUUGUUUCGCAGACGUUCCAUUACCCUGCUGGGUAACAUCAGCAGCGCAGCCUCCAAUGAAGCGCUGCUGUGCUUUUCCACCGCCAUUUAAAGUCUGGCAUCCAUUGAGCUGGAUUACCUCACUUCCAGUUUUCCUUCGCAGCAGACCGUCUAUGGGGUCUAGCUGUAUGUGUUUGUUGAUGGUUUUCUUCGUGGAGAACCGGGCCUCUAGGGAUUCCCAUGCUUGUCUCUGCUCAGUUUGUUCCAGGAUCUUAGUGUUACCCCAAUCAAAUUAUCCAUGUGAAUGGAGAUGAGUGAGUAUUGGUCGUGUCUUUUUGUUGCCAGUAGAUGUUGGUGUACUCUUGUGACUAACUUCCAUCCUGUCUGUCCAAUGUAAUGUUUGUCACAGUCUUGGCAAGGAAUUUGUAUAUAACGUUGGUUCUGUUCACAGUGGGUAACAGGUCUUUGGUUUGGGUUAGCAGUUGGUGUAGGGUUGAUGUGGGUUUGUGUGCUACUCAAGGACCUUGUUACAGUAAACAAUCUCCAAAGCAAGGCAGCAUGAUUCUCUGACUAGCACUGUGUGGGUGGUCUCUUUAAAAAUUGCAACAUAAAAAUGCUGGGGUUAAUUUGGACAGGAGUAGAAUGGAAAUACUGUGUUCAGUUCUAGUCACCUUGUUAGAGGAAAGAUAUUGUUAAACUUGAAAGAGUGCAGAAAACAUUUACAAGGAUGUUGCCGGGUUGGAGGGUUUGAGCUAUAGGGACAGGCUGUAUAGACUGGGGCUAUUUUCCCUGGAGCAUUGGACGCUGAGGGGUGCCCUUAUAGAGGUUUAUAAAAUCAUGAAGGAUAUAGAUAGAGUGAAUAGAAAAGGUCUUUCUCCCCAGAGUACAGGAAGUCCAAAGCUAAAGGACCUAGGCUUAAGGUGAGAGGGGAAAGAUUUAAAAGGGAACUAAGGGGAAACUUUUUCAUGCAGAGGAUGGUGCAUGCAUGGAAUGAACUGCCAGAGGAAGUGGUGGAGGCUGGUACAAUUACAACAUUCAAAAGGCAUCUGGAUGGGUAUAUGAGUAGGAAGGGUUUAUAGGGAUAUAGGCCAAAUGUGGGCAAAUGGGGCCAGAUUAAUUUAGGAUAUCUGGGUGGCGUGGAUGUGUUAGACCGAAGGGUCUAUUUCCGUGCUGUACGACCCUAUGAUAAGCAGAAAUUGUGUUAGCUUUAUGCAGAAUCUUGGUUAGAUCACACUUGGUGCAGAGAUCUCGUCUCCAAAUUAAUAAAAAUCUCAAAGUCACUGGAGGAAACAAAACAAUGAUUUGCCAGAAGUCAUGGUCCCAAGGAAAUGUUGAACAGGUUGAUACUUCUUUCUGUAGAAAAGCAAAAAUCACAUGGAGGUGUGAUUAAAUCCUUUGAAGUAAUGAUUGGGUUUGAUAGGAUGGACAUUGAGAAAAUCUUUCCAAUUGUGGGAGUGACGUAAAAUCAGGGGACACUGUGGCACAGUGAUACUCCCAAAAGACAAGAAAAAAGGAAGAAAAAGAAAAAAGUACAGCAAGACACCCUCUUGUGGCACAGUGGUAGUGCCCCUAAGAAUAAAAAAGAAAAAGCAGAUUUGUUUUGGGGCUGUUGUGGCGCAGUGUUAGUGUUCCUACCCCUUGGACCAAGUGACCCGGCUUAAGUCCCAACUAUUCCAAAAGUGCACCUCUCUGAACAGGUUGAUUAGCAAAAUUCGUUAAUGAAUUUUAAAAAAAAUCUUGGGACCAUAAAUGUGAGACAAUAAUUGAUAAAUCCAACAGGGAAUUCAGGAGAUAAGGCCUUCACCCAGUUAGAAGUGAGAAUUCACAGGAUGAGGGUGUUGCUGGCUGGGCCAACAUUUUUCUGUCCAAGAGGGCAGUGAAGAAUUUACCACAUUGCUUUGGGUUUGGAGUUACAUGUAGGCCAGACCGGGUAAGGAUGGCAGUUCCCUUCCCCAGAAGAUUAAUGAACCAUAUAGGGAUUUUCCAACAAUGGAUUCAUGGUCACCAUCAGUUCUUAAUUCCAGAUUUACAAAAGAAUGAAGUCAAAUACCACUAUCUGACAAAGCAAGAUUCAAACCCAGAUCCAAAAACAGGAGUUGCUGGAAAAGCUCAGCAGAUCUGGCAGCACCUAUGAAGAAAAGAAUCAGAGUUAACGGUUCGGGUCCAGUGGCCCUUCCUCGGAACUGGAAAACUCAAACCCAGGUCCCCAUGUUAACAAUCUCAAGUUAACAGUCCAGCAAUAAUACCACUAGGCCAUCACCUCCCCAUGAAACCUGAGCUUGCAUGGAGUGGUGAGUAUUGGGAAGAAUUUAAGGCGAAACUGAAUAAGUAGUUGAGAAAGAAAUGAUAGGAUGAAAUGUAACAAGAUUGGAUUCGUGGAACGUGGCAUUGAAAAAAUAGCCUGUUUCUGUGCUGUAAAUUUAACAUAAUUACACUUUGGUAGUGCUUUAAAUUGAGAUGUUCUGGUGCAAUGAUAGCUCCCUUACCUCUGACCUGGAAGCUCUGGGCUCAAUUUGUAUGGCAGGAUUUAUUGUCCAUGGAAGAUGUAUUUCUGAUGUGGCCAAACAGUUCGCUUGUAAGCAGGAGAUUUUCCCAUCCUGCAGAAAGCAAUGGCAAGCUACCAUAGCAUUUUGCCCAUAAAUGUAGGACAAUUCCAUGGAUACCCGUGGGCCAAUUCUGGGAAACAAGUGUGGCAGAAGAGACAGAACGGUUUAGGUGAUUCUUCAUAUGCAUUUAGCGAAUUGGUUAGUGCUUGAAUAUUCCAACAAUCUGUGCAGUUUUGACUAUUGGCUUUCAUCUAAGCAUAGCCACCAGGCCAUUAUCUGGAGAAUGGUUUGGUGGGAAGUGGGAAAGUUCAAAUUGAUAAAUAUACCCUUCAACCUUUAUAAGGAGUGAUCUGUGGAUCAUUUAACUCUGAUAUCUAGUUGUCAAGUCUGAUAUAAAUAGUGUUUGUAACUUGAGAUUUCCUACUGGAGAUAACUGAAUCUCAAAGAGACGAACUGACACAUGUAAUUGGGAAGGAUCAGCUCUUGAGUCUGUUCUGCACAGAUGUGAAUUCUGCACACUGUCGCCCGUGCAUCUGCUGUUCCACUCCAGAAAACCAGGCAGGGAUGGAUUGAACCUUUGUACGCUAUAUAAUACUUUUAUUUGCAGAAAUUCACAUUAUAAGCACAAACAUCCAGCUAAUUCGAACAGGACUGGAUAGACUAGAUGCAGGAUGGAUAGUUUCCCCAGUUGGGUUCUUGAACCAGGGGAUACAACUUCAGGAUCCAGUGGAUAGACUUUUUUGAACUAAAAUGGGGAAAUUUUUUUUCCUUCAGAGGGUAGUGAACCAGUGGAAUUCUCUACCACAGGAGGCUGUGGAAGCCAAGUCACUGAAUACAUUCAAGAAAGAGAUUAAAAAUAUCUAAAAUCUAGAAAUAGAUCAAACGGCCUGUUGAGAGAUGUCAUGUACACGCGAGAUUUGAACCCAGGUCUUUUAAACAUAGAGAAUAGGUGCAGGAGCAGGCCAUUCAGCCUUUUGAGCCUGCUCUACCAUUCAAUACAGUCAUGGCUGAUCAUGCGAUCUCAGUAACCCACUCCCGCUCUCUCCCCAUAUCCCUUGAUCCCUUUAGCAGUAAGCACCGUGUCCAGCUCCCUGUUGAAUAAAGCUAAUGAACUGGCCCCAGCAGCUUUCUAGCUCAGACAGAGGGACACUACCACUGUGCCACAAGUGCCCUCAUUUCUAGAUUUUGUUGACCCCAAGAGGUUUGGGGGAAAAAGUGGGAAAAUGGUUUUGAGAUAGAGGAUCUGCGACGAUCGUGUUGAAUGAUGGAGCAGGCUCGAAGGACUGAACGGCCUCCUCCUGCUCCUAGUUUCUCUGUUUCUGUGAAUCCCCAUCGCCAAUGAUUCGGUCUGCUCCUCUAUGUAGAAACACAAGUGAACCCCAGUUAAAGUCCACCACUCAACACUUUUGAAGUACCCAAUCACUCUGCAUUUAAUGUUUCCUUCCCCAUCUCCAGGAUAGAUGGUUGAUGAUCUUCCCAGCUCACCAAACCUUGCUUUACUUAGCUGUUUCUCACAGGGUGAAAGUGACAAAGUUAGAAAUCAUCAAAAACCAAGUGGUUCUAGGUCACCCCCGUACUGGGCAAACUGGGAUUUUACCAUAGAAACCUGACCUCUGGAUCCCACUGCCAUGAGGGCAUCAGCAUACAAUGCCAGCUGGGUAACAUGUCAACCAGUUUAACACCAGGGGUGGGCAUGGCAUCGCCUUACCCAUGAGACUGACUGGGCCUGUUGUUCUCAACACCCAGUGUGUUCGCGCAUCUUGGUUAUCAAAAAAAUUGGGCUGUAGUUGCAAUACUGUAGCAGAUAGCAAUCAUUUGGUUGUUCGUCAUGUGCCAUGCACUGUAUUCACUGAUUUUGUGAUGUUUUUGAUGUAACGGCUAUCAUUUUGUGUUGUUUUAAUAAACAUUUGG